AUUGUUGCUGUGUGAUUAAAAUAGAGUUUCAAAUAAAGUUGGAAAUGAUGUCAUACCUAUAUAUUUAUCUUGUCAAUUAAGGUAGUGUAAAUUUAACUAUUUUUUCACUCUUCACGGAAAGAUAAAAUGAAUAAACAGGCACAGGCCCCUUCGCAAAAUUCAGAAGAGGACAAAGUGAAAGUAGAAGAUGCCGCAGCAGUAUGUCCAGUUGUCUACAUAUUGAGAGACAUAGAACAAGGAAUGGUCAAUGCCUGGAAGUCUACCUUCCCUAGCUCGUAUAAAAAUGUUCAAAUUUCCUGUGGUGAUAUUUUUAAAGAUGCCCCAGCUGCUCAUGCCAUAGUGUCCCCUGCCAAUAGUUUUGGUUUUAUGGAUGGAGGAAUUGACAUGGUGUACUCCAGGCACUUUGGGUGGCAAAUGCAGGAACGCUUACAGAAAGUAAUUCGAGAAGAACAUGAUGGAGAAAUUUUAGUUGGACAUGCUGUAAUUAUUCCAGCCUACGAUGAACAGGUGCCCCCUAAAGAGGAGGAUCUAAAGGGGUGUAAUGAGGAAAUCCCCAUUAAAUACCUGAUAUCAGCCCCUACUAUGAGGGUACCUCAGAGUGUAGAAAACACAGUGAAUGCUUAUUUGGCAUUUAGAGCUGUCAUAUUAGCUGUACAGAAACACAACGUGAGGAACCCCGGUAAUGAGAUCAGGAGUGUGCUGUGUCCAGGCCUAGGCACUGCUGUAGGAAUGAUGGAUUACAGGCAGUGUGCUCAACAGGUGUGUAUAAAGGGGCAAAACUCUUGUCAUUUUAUACAUCUGCCAUUCUGUUUUAAUCAAUAUCAGAUUAAAACAAAAGAAGUGCAAUAUAUGACCGAAAAGGAGGAAUUUAGGGAGAGG